GUUUCGUAUCUUGUCUGUCAUUGAUUAUUUCCUUCUUUUUCUUUUUCCUUUCACAACUUUCUUUGCUAAAUUGUUAAUCAUUAAUUUUGGUACCAAAAAUUUGCAAUCUUUCACAUAUUUAUCAGUCUAUAACCCUAGUACACAUCUAGCUUUUCUUUUCCUCCUAAAAAUCCUUCCCACGAAACAAUUCUUAGAAGUAUCAUUUCUACAAUCAUGAAGGUCUCUCAUCCACUCUCUUUUUUUAGUACAAUUUUUCUUUCUCAUCUUGUUGCGGCUGGUCCGUUGUGGCGCAACGGAACAAGUAGGAACUUUAUACGAGGGGGUGAAAUGAAAAGGGAUAGCGUUACUCCCAUCGCGAUCACUAUUCUCCCUGGGACGGUCACUUCUUCGAUAAUUAGUUCUACAGCCCAAGCCGAAUCCACAUUGUCGAUAGAAGGCACCACCUCAUCCAGUGCAACAGAUUUUACUUCACAGUCGAGCAGCACUUCAGCUACGUCCAUAAUACAGUCAACGGAGGGAUCGAAAACGACAGAAUCAAAAAGCGAAACGAGUACUUCUAGCACAUCAUCGGACAAAGAUAGCGAAUCGAGGACUCCAUUGAGCUCUGCUACAUCCUCGCAACUAGCGUCUUCAAUUAUAUCGAGUAUAGGAGGUACAGCUCCAAUACGAUCAAGUAAAUUUUCAAAUACCGAAACCAUAGAUGGAAGCGUAAUUCCAACAGCAACAGAAUUAACUCUUACUCUUACUCCACCACUAAGCACGACGUCCACCGGGGAAUCUUCUACGAAAACUGAAACGUCAAGUCAGGGUACAUCUGGGUCACAAGCUGGUUCUCCCUCAUCGAGCCAGGUUUCUUUGCAGACUACAACGUUUGCGCCUCUUCCUACUAGUUUACCUGAGAGUAGUCUUACGGCAAAAGCUUCUUCAAUCUCAUUAGAUAGUUCGACACUGUCAAGUCUGAAUUCUGUUCAAACUACAACAUUCCCACCGCUUCCAACUACCUCUCCAAAGGCUACUACAACCCCAGAAAGCUCUUCGGGUGAAACUUCCGAGGAAUCUCCGUCAGCAACUCCAUCAUUCGUGCCGACAUUAGCGUCGAGUAUAUCGGUCGCACCAUUCGGUACUGGAAACUCAAGCACGGCAGCUACAAGAGAUCCGCAAAGUUCCGGUAAUUCGGAUCCGAGUUUUGGAUCCACGAUUGGCAUCACAACGGAAGCUUCUAGGAUCACUUCUCAAACUUCUAUAAGGGAAACUCUGUCACCUACCACGGUUUCAUCAAGCACUGCUAGAGCUUCAAGCUUGGUGGAAAGUGUCGUUUCGACGAAGGAGACUUCAAAGGUUACCGCUCAACCGCAAAGCACUAUCGUGCAGUCUAGUGUGGUGGCGACUCAAGACUUAGGAUCUACCACAGGAGCAUCUGACCAGAGCAUUACUUCUCAAACCUCAAUAACUGGAGGUCUGUCUCAGGCGACAUCGAUUGAUUCUUUACAGACAACAUUUGUAUACGUAACCACAGUUGUUCCAUCUUCAACUCUUGGAGUUAUCCCAUCCUCCUCCUUUUUAUCCAAAACCUCAACUUCAUCUACACAAGUAGAAACCACAAAACUUGAAUCUUCAACGUCUUCACUCUCUUCGGCAGCAAUAACCAUCAAGACAACCGAGGUCUCUUCGUUUUCCUCGUCCUCGGAGCCACAAACUACAAUUUUCCCCGAACUGCCCACUACACAACCUGCUAGCACAGCAGAGAUUCUCGUAACAACCGUAACAUUAUCAAGUAAAACAAGAGAAUCGUCUUCUAGCACCACAAGAAUAUCCACUGCUACAUCCUCCAUCAAAGAAACCACAACCCAAGAAUCUAUCCUCCUACCUACCACCCAGAUCACUACAGCUGAUAUCCCCAAGACUACUGAAAUAGCCAGCACUAUAAUCAUCAGUGUAAACACUGCAGAUUCGAAUAAUGGAGCUGUAACUGUAUUGACUAUCAUUCCUGUUACUGCUGGUUCAGGUUCAGGUUCAGGUUCUGGCAACGACAUUGGCAUUACCAAAACCAAUGAUGGAAACAGCGGCGCAACCACAUCCAUAACCAUCAUCAACGCCAGUCCCACUGCUACCACAACAGCCGGAGGUAAUGGCCUAGCGCAGACUACACUUACUCUUUCGCCCACUUCUCCGACUCCCAUACGCACGUCUAUUUCUAUAUCUACAAGUGCGAUAGAUGAUGGGUUGAGAACAACGACGUUGAGUAUUUCACCACCGAAGGAAACGAUUAUUACUAGUGCGCCUGCAGCGACGACUACGAGCGCGGCAGAGAAUAUUUGUUUGGGGGUGGGAGGGGAUGGGAAACUUACUAGUAUGAGUAGCUGUGUGGGUGGCGCGACGGAGACGGUGAGUGUGACGGUUACGGCAAGAGAGACGGUUACGGUUAGGGGGUAGAGUAUGGGGAUGAGUGAUAGGGGUGUCAUUGGGGAGGGUGGAGUGGAGUGAUGAAAUAAGUGAAUGAAUGAAUACACGAACAAAAAGUGAAAAUGAGGGGGGGGGGGGGGAAAGGAAGAGAAAAAAUUGACAACUUGGCGUUUGGAUAUUGGAUACUGGAUAUCGGAUAGAUGGGGCAGUAUGUAAUGGACCGAAGGAAUUGAAUUGAUUUAUUUAGAGAUUUCAUGUUAUGAUGGAUUGAAGAAAGAAUUGUGUGUAAAUCGUAUAGGGUGAUGAGAGCUUGAAUGACUACA